AUGAUCAACUUGCCUUCACGACUUUUUCUACGAUUGCCACUGAUGUUGUGUGCUGAAGGAUAUGAUUCACUGAGACGUUUAGCUUCGAACAAUGACAACGGCUGGGGAAGAGCACAACAAAAUUGGCUGGGUAUUGUGGGGAAGGAUGUUCGCAGGUUUGUGGCGGCUUGUGGUGAUGUUACCGGUGUGGACGGCGUAGUUGUGGUUGGCAUGGCGGUAAGGGUACUUGCGAACAUGGCUGGAUCGUGCAGUGCAGAGGUGAUACAGCUGGUGGUUGAUGACGGAGUUGAGAUGGGGUUGGAAACGGUCGAUGAAGGAAUCGAGAUGCCAGUGCUCGGACUGACCGAAGAUGAUAGGUCGACGAAGGAGGCACUCGUUGGGGUGGUGGACGCAACUGCAGCCGCAUUCAAUGUGACCCAAUUCGGGCACAGCAGUGCGGCCGAGAGCCAUGGGUUCAGCAGUUGGAUGUCUGAAAUUGAAACUGAUAAACGCUUCAUACUUGAACGAUUCUAG